AUGACCAGCCUGCCAUGCGUCGCCGGUCUGGUCGCCGGCCGCCGGCUGCCGCUGGCUGCCGGGCGCCCGCCGCAAAUGGAAGACGAGGACUACGUGGAGCUGCUGGCGGAGGUUGAGGCGGAGAAGCGCGCCAAGGGCAAGAAGGGCAAGAAGAAGAAGAAGGGCGGAGGGGCGGGUGCGGCUGGGCCGUCGCAGGAGGCGGAGGAGGGUGCCGAGGCGCCGUCGGAGGUAGCCGAGGCUGCGAAGAAGGCCGAGGAGGAGAGAAUGAUCAGGCUUCUCGAGAAGUGCCACGAGGAGAGGAUGCGGUUCGGCAUCACGGCGGAGAGCCAGGCAGCGGCGUCGGCAGCGGUGGCCGAGGCGGUGCGCUUGGACGCUGAGGCGGACGAGGCGGAGGAGGAGGCGGAGGCGGACAAGGCGGAGGAGGUGGCUGCCGUGGCGGCGCUGGCGGCUGCCGAGGUGGCGAGGGCGGAGGCCAGGGCGGCGCAUGCGGAGGCCAGGGCAGCGUUGGAGGAGGCCGAGGCGGCGUUGGAGGAGGCGGCGGCUGCUGCGGAGGCGAGGGGUGCCGCUGCGGCCGCGUCGAUGGAUAGGGCGGUUGCAGCCAGGAUGGCGGCGGAUGCGGCCCAGGAGCGCUCAUAG